AUGCGAUUAACAGAAAAAGAAGAUGAAUCACUGCCAAUAGAUGUAGUUCUUCAGACACUUCUGGCCUUUGCAGUUACCUGUUAUAGUAUAGUUCAUAUUGCAGGGGAGUUUAAAGACAUGGAUGCCACUUCAGAACUAAAAAAUAAGACAAUUGAUACCUUAAGGAAUCACCCAUCAUUUUAUGUAUUUAAUCAUCGUGGUCGGCCUUCGGAUACAACAAAUUCUUCAAACCAGGAGGCAUUGUCCUCUAACACAUCAUUGAAGUUACGAAAACUCGAAUCACUGCGCCGCUAA